CUAUGUCUCAAAUAUCAGAUUGUCAUUUGUCGUUUUUGUUUAUUUGGCUCCCGCUUUCUAACAUAAGUUUAAUUUGUAAUGUAACGAUAAAUCAAAUGCAACAUGCCGUGUCUCUUAUUAUUUUCAAUAACAUAUUUUUAACCUCAAAAAUGAUUGUUGAUGAAAUAUUUCACCUACCCCUUGGAAAAUCCUAUUGUAAAUAUAAUUUUUUUGUGUGGGACCCAAAAGUAACCACCUUACCAGGCCUCUACUUAAUAACCGCAAUCAUCUUGGGUCCUCUUAAACUAUGUGGAACUUAUUGGUUGAGAUUUUUGUCUUUGGCUUUCUCCAUCGUUAAUGUAUUAUUAUUUUAUAUCCUAUUUGCAAAGUAUGAAAAGAAUGAAUGGGGUAAUAUUUUGUCAUCUAUCACAUUGGCAUUACUUCCACCACUGUAUUUUUUCAGCCACUUUUACUACACUGAUGUUAUAUCUCUAACAAUGAUACUAUUAAUGCUUGUUGCAAGUGAAAAAGAGCAUCAUUAUAUAGCAUCACUUUUUGGUUAUUGCUCCGUUUUUUGCCGUCAAACAAAUAUCAUAUGGGUUGUGUUUUUAGCAGGAAAAUAUGUGAUGACUGAACUAUAUUUAAUUGCUAUGAAAGACCAUGUCCCAAAUAUUAAAAAAGGACUCCCAGCUCAGCACAUUCGACAACUAAUUUCCGAGUUGAUCAGAUAUCCAAUGAAGAUUCUGGCAAGUACAAAUUUAUACUUUUGGUUCCAUACAAUGUCAUAUACCGCAGUAGUAGUGGCUUUUCUGAUAUUCUUGAAGAUGAAUGGAGGAAUAGUUUUAGGAGAUAGAACUGCACAUCAAGCUACUAUACACAUUCCUCAACUUUUCUACUUCUCACUGUUUUCGCUAAUUUUUGCUUGGCCACACUUUGUGGGGGAGGUGCUAAGUUUUUUGACAUUUACCAGGAAGCACAAAAAAUGUAUUUUCAUAUUAAUAAUACUCUCGUGUGUUAUUGUUUUGGUAAAUACACAGGUUCAUCCCUACAUGCUUGCUGACAACAGGCACUACAUAUUUUAUAUUUGGAACCGUUUUUAUGGCAAAUAUGAUAUAUUUAGAUACGCUAUGGUGCCCGUGUACAUAUUUUCAUGGUACUGUAUCAUAAAGCUAAUUUAUGAUGGCAAUGAUGUGAGUUUUUUAAUUUUGUACUUAAUAUGUGUUACUGCAGUACUGGUUACUCAAAAAUUAAUUGAAGUUCGAUAUUUUUUCAUACCUUACAUAUUAUUCAGACUGAGAUUAAAAAGCAAUGCGAACAAUGUCUUCAAUUUAAUUUUAGAGUUUGUGACUUAUUUGUUGAUUAAUGCCAUUACUUUGAAUUUGUUUUUCACGAAAAAAAUUGCUUGGGCUAAUUACUUAGACCCACAGAGAUUAAUUUGGUAAUCCCACAAUUGUUAGGUCAUUUUUAAGUGAGAUAGAAUUUAUAUUUUAUUUAUAUGUUACUUAUAAUGCUCUCUGAUAUUCAACAACUCCAAAUAAACGACAAACUUUUUGUGGGCUUUAACGCUUCAUUUUAAUAGAUUGCUUCCAGUUGAGAGUGGCUCUGAUAUAUCAUAGUUGAGUAUUUUUUAUUGAAUUGGUGUAAAAAAACAUAAUUCUUUGAUGAAAAAUUAUGCUAAUCAGGGUUAUUAUUUAACUUCUAAACCUAAAACUCAAGUCUUAAAAUAUUUCAAUUGAAUGGAACUAGAGUCACUUAUCAACUUAUAUAAUCCAUUAGGCUUUUAUUUAAAGUCUCGCGUUGGGUCUGGAUAACUAGAUACUUUUGAAGCGCACUACAAAUGGGGCUGUCAUAUGUAUAUGCAACAUUGUAUCCAAGGUAGGUGCUACAAAUUGUUGCCAUACGUCUGUCCACUAGUUACAGUAUUUGUAUCGUGAUAAGUGGUUAUAUUGCUUUUCUGAUUCAUUCACAUAAUUUUCACUGAAUUUAUUUAUGGAAAUUCAACAACCAUGUGCCAAACAAAAAUUUAAUUUGGGUUCGAGCCUGAAUAGAAAUGAACGAAUUAUAAUCAAUUGAUUGAAUUAGAAAAUGGAGAUCCAAAUUUUUAUAAACACUUUAAUGCAUGAGCACAGCAAAUGUUUAUUUUAUUGGAGUUAAUCAUGGUAGACCCACAUGGCCAUGAUUCUGAUUAAUCUUCGUCUUCAGCUAUUGAAAUUCUCUCUAGACCAUUCUUCUAUUUUGUAUUCUUGUAGUUAUCAAUUUGUUUGCGUUUAGUAAUUUUUUGUGUUUCAUCGCAAUGUUGAUAUGAAAGUUGACCUACUAAAGUAAUUUAGUGGACCUGAACCAACGCUAUCUAAUUAAUUGAAAAUAAUAUCAUAGAUUCUCACCACACCGCACAAUAAGAGUUGUGUCAGAAAUCAGGAUAAGUGACAGAUAUAUUUUUGUAUGGAAAUAAUGUUUUGUUUCAAUUUUUUAUAAAGUACUCCUUAGAAAUGAUCGAUUUUCUGUUUUAUGUUUUGUGAUAUUUGUUAAUAAUUUAAUAUUUUACGCGUUGCUCGAUAAGACGUUCCCUAAUUAUAUUCAAGCACAUUCCAAAGAAAACGAAUUAUCGUUUCUAAUGAAGAUAUCAGUGAUUUCUCUGUAAAUGUUGGAUUAUAUGUUGUAGAAAAAUUAGGGAAGAGACUAAGAUUUCCUAUUUCUAAAUUGUUUACUAAUUUGAAGCAAUAAAAGCUAUUUUCUGAAAAGACUGUACAAUUAAAUGUUAUGACUGUACUUUAAACUGUCACCAAAUAAAAUUUGAAUUCAU